CGAGAUCCACCAGAAGAAGAAAUACCCUUUUGCACUUUAAAAUCUUUCCCAGCUGCCAUUGAGCACACAAUACAGUGGGCGAGGGAUAAGUUUGAAAGUGCGUUUUCUCACAAGCCUUCAUUGUUUAACAAAUUUUGGCAAACCUACCCAUCCGCAGAAGAGGUCUUGCAGAGAAUAAAGUCGGGAGAGAGUUUAGAAGGCUGUUUUCAAGCUAUCAAAUCACUCAGUAGAAGACCCCGAAAUUGGUCUCAAUGUGUGGAACUUGCAAGAAUAAAAUUUGAAAAGUAUUUUAAACAUAAGGCUCUUCAACUACUUCAUUCUUUUCCCCUUGAUACACGAUUAAAAGAUGGAAGUUUGUUUUGGCAGUCACCAAAGAGGCCACCUUCUCCAAUAAAGUUUGAAUUCAGUGAUCCUUUACACUACAGUUUCAUAGUGAGUGGUGCAAAACUCUUUGCAAGAGUAUACUGUGUCACUGUCACAGAAAAGGAUUUGUCAGAAGAAACUAUUUUGAAGAUCAUUUCAGGAGUAAAUAUACAAGAGUUCAGACCUUCAAAUAAAGUUGUGCAGACAGAUGAAACUGCAAGGAAACCAGACCAUAUUCCAGUAAGCAGUGAAGAUGAGAGGAAUGCUAUUUUCCAGCUGGAAAAAGCCAUAUUAUCCAAUGAAGCUCUGAAAAAUGACUUGCAAAUGAAGAUGCUCUCCUUUGAAAAAGAUGAUGAUGCUAACGGGCAUAUAGACUUCAUAGCAGCAGCAUCUAAUCUGCGAGCCAAGAUGUACAACAUUGAACCAGCGGAUCGGCUCAAAACAAAGCGCAUCGCUGGAAAGAUUAUUCCUGCUAUUGCAACUGCUACUGCUGCAGUGUCUGGCUUGGUUGCCCUGGAACUGAUCAAAGUUGUGGGUGAACAUCCAUUUGAAGCAUAUAAGAAUUGUUUUUUAAAUCUAGCCAUUCCAAUAAUAGUGUUCACAGAAGCUGCUGAAGUAAGAAAAACAGAAAUAAGAAAUGGAAUAUCGUUUACAAUCUGGGACAGGUGGACUAUUUAUGGGAAAGAAGAUUUCACUCUACUGGACUUCAUAAAUGCUGUUAGAGAGAAAUACGGAAUAGAGCCAACAAUGGUUGUACAGGGCGUCAAAAUGCUGUAUGUUCCUGUGAUGCCUGGUCACAUCAAAAGAUUAAAGCUGACGAUGCAAAAGCUAGUGAAACCAUCAGCUGAUAAGAAAUACGUGGAUCUCACAGUGUCGUUUGCUCCAGAAACAGAUGGAGAUGAAGACUUGCCAGGGCCACCAGUGAGAUACUACUUCAUCCAUGAAGACAAUUGAUGGUAAUGCUCUAGGACCAUUUGCUUUGAAGGGAGUGUGCUGAUUUCGGCGUAAAACAAGUAAUACAUAUUUCUUUGGUGAAGCCUUAAUUAAAACAGGAACAGUUGAAGUCAGUGAAUUGCACUGAAGAGGUCUGUCAAACUGGAUUUACCGUUCACCUGUCCCUAGUCUCUGCAUACAUCUGUCUGCUCAUAACGAGGAUUGGAGGUUUGCUGAAAUGGAAUGUCAUGUAGAAUGCGUACCACAAAGAAGAGAUUUAUAUUAAUUUAUGGGGGAGGGGGGGAAAUGGCAAACUUAGCAUCUUAUUUCAAUAUGCAAGAUAAAUGUUAAAUGGAGGGAGAGAGCAAAAAUGGGGGAAAUUAUUGUUUUAUAACAUGGUGGUCAGUAAUGUUUUAUAAUCCAUUUCUCAUGACUCUCUUCUAAAAUUGGGGUGCCAACUGCAUCAUCUGAGCACUGGGCCAAAUUCAUCCCAAGUGUAAUUUGAUUAAAAAAGCAAAUGAAUUUGCCUCAUUUACAUUGUUGGUGUUCUCUUCUGAGCCAUUGCUAUUACUGUAUGUUGGGGCAGUUCUUUUAGGUCAGUCUGGAUGUGGAAACGCAGGGGGCAGAUUCUCAGAGGGUGUAAAUUGUCAGAGCUCCAUUGAAGUCAACCGAGUGACGACAAGUGAGUUCUGCCCCAAGAGCACAAUUUGGGAACAGUGAAGUAUGGGGAAAGCUGAAAUCUGUUGGAGAGUUGGGCCCUUAUUCUCCCAGUUAAGCUCUUCUGCUUGAUGAAGAGGCAGGUGAAGUUGUGGCUAAAAUUUUUUGCCUCCAAAUUAAGAGCAAGGUAGCAAAUUGUUACUUUUUUGAAGGGGGAGGGUCAAGAGGGUAUUCUGUGUAUUUCAUAUCAAACAUUUGGUUCCUUUUAUCUCCUCUUGGCGCCAUAACUCUAGAAGGAAGCUUUAUAUAGCGUAUCUGUCUCUACAACACAAAUCUGAGUUCAUCUGAAAAUCAAGUUUAGAUUGGCCUCAAUCUAUAAUUUAGGCGUCUAAAGUCUGAUAGAUCCAUUUAAUUUAGCAACAAUCAGGAAAUCAUUUUGGCUAUGGCAGUUAGGAGAAAAUGCUGGUGCAGUACGACAGCAUCAGUGGCAGAAUUCUUCGGCAUCUAUGCCCCGGACAAGUGAGCUUCUGUGAAUUGUUCCCCUGAUUAUGGAAAAACUAAAGCAAGUGAGAUGGGAACAAAAAUCGAAUCUACUAACAUCGCCCUGAACAUUAUUAUUUUUGCUUUGGAAAUAGUUUGCAUUUACUGUAUCUCCUGCAUAUGAUGCAAAACUUGUUCACCACUAUAAAAUCAGUGAUGUCAAUGUGUGAUUCAGUUUAUUAACCUUUAGGGAUCUUUUGGAGCCUAAAAUAUUGGAUAACUGUGCUUGUUCUCAUCUUCCCUCUCCUCCCAAUUUGCUUAUUCAAGAACAAAAUAUCUGGAUGGUUGGGCAUUUGGACACCAAAUAUGUAUUGAAUAUACAAGCUGGAAUCCAUUAAAAUUAUUCCAAUAUUUGGGAAUAAGUCUUAAAUGUAGUACCUCUUUUGUAAGGUGUAUAUAUUUUUUACUCUCAACAUAGUUUAUAGAUAUUUUAUAGUUUUAACAGAUUUGAUUUGAAACCCAGCUGGUUUAUUUAACUUUUUUUUUUUUUUUUUUUUUUACAACUUAUUCUUUAAAAAAACAAACAUUCCGUAAAACAGGCAAAGAGAUGGCAUUCUUAGAGAUGGCAAAGUGCAUACUUGACAUAGGGCAAAAGGCAGAAAGGGAAGACUAUUUGAGAGUAAAUAUCUGCUUCUGAGUGCUGACUGAAAUGUGUGUUCCCCCCAGCAAUAGCAGGGAGUGUAAAUCCCAAAUGAAAUCUGUGAUCUGGAUUUUAUUUUUUAUUUCAAUGUUUGGGGCAAACGUAAAGCGCUGUGAACUCUAAAAGUCAGGGGCUGGGAAACAAUAAAAUGUAAUUUGAGUAA